UACAACUACAUUAAAGGACUAUACAUCAUAGUUUCAACUUGUCAAUCAGUAUAGAUAUAUUAAUCAUCAACGUCCAAUAUGGUGCUUGAAGCUACUAUUAUUGCCAUUGAUAACUCAGAAUAUAUGAGAAAUGGAGAUUAUUUAACAACUAGAUUUGAUGCACAAUUAACUACCACAGAAUUUAUUUUUCAAAACAAAACCUCAUCAAACCCUGAAAAUACCGUGGGUUUAGUAGCAUAUGGUGGAAGUGGGCCUCAAGUAUUGUCUACAUUGACGAAUGAUUUUGGGAAGUUGUUAUCAGGUGUCCAUGAUACUAAAAUUUCAGGACAAAAUCACUUUUCUAGUGGGAUUCAAGUUGCUGCAUUGGCUUUAAAACAUCGUCAAAAUAAAGUUCAACAACAACGUAUCAUUGUCUUUGUGGGAAGUCCAAUUGAAGAAUCAGAAAAGGAAUUGGAAAAGUUAGCUAAGAAAAUGAAGAAGAAUAAUGUUGCCAUUGAUGUGAUAAACUUUGGUGAAGAAUCUAUAAAUACAUCCAAAUUAGAGAAAUUCAAUAGUAUUAUAAAUAAUCAUGAAAACUCCCAUCUUGUCACAGUUCCACCAGGUCCAAGAUUGUUAUAUGAAGUUAUAGCAUCAUCUCCUAUAUUAUUAGAAGAUGGAGAACUUGGUGGAGGUGACUUUGGAGAUUAUGGAGUUGGAAAUUUCGGUGCUGGUGAUGGUUUAAUUGAUGCUAGUAUGGAUCCAGAUUUAGCGUUAGCCUUAAGACUUUCAUUAGAAGAAGAAAAGCAAAGACAAGAUAGAGAAGCUGAAGCUGCUGAAAAGGCUAAAAAAGAUGCCGCAGAAUCAAGCGAAUUAGAAAAGAUUGAUGAAGCUAAAGAAGAUGAAAAUCAAAAUGAAGAAGGUAAUACUAAGGAUGUAAAUAUGGAAUAGAUAUUUGAAAUAUAAGCAUGU